GAUUGGAGUUCAAAAAGGAAUUGGGGAAAGAAAUGGAGGAUGAAUACCAAUGUUUAUGGAACACUGUAACAAAAUUGGCCAUGAAGUACAGUUUCGGAGAUGCUUUCCCAGUACGAAAGACCUCCCAACUGUUUCUUCAACAGGAACAGAGAUUAUGCAGAGACUAUGAAGAAGAAAUUCCUAACAUUGGACUAAUCUCAGUGAAAUCUGAUCUUGUUGAAGAAUAUGCUGGAGAUGUUUUGAAAGACCUACCUGUUUUAGAAAGUAAUGAUCCUUCAGUUACUUCACUUGUUAAAUACAAGGAAUUUGAUGAGCUUUGUCACUGGCAUUCUGGCAGACCUUUGACUGAGGAAUAUGAGCGAGUACGGUGCAAUGCUGAUGCAAAAUCCAAAGAUCCAGAAGAAAGAAGACAAAUACAAAAGUUACAGAGUUUUUAUCAUUUUUAUGGAAGCACUUUGGAAGGCAGCACUUCAAAAUUUAUUGUACAUCAAGAGGAUAUGUCAGGAAAUGCUAAUGCUGCUGUCAAAAAGACACAAAAAAAGCAUAAAAGUAAAGCAGAAACAAUUGUAGAGGAAAACAACAGGCGACUAAAAAGUAAAGAAGAAAAGAAAGAACAGGAGCAAUGGAAAGCCUUGUGUAUACCAACUGAAAAGGAAAUAAAAGAAAAUCUGACUGCUGGAAUAAAUAAAUUGGAGUCAUUUCUCAAGACCCUUAAAAAUAAGUCUGUGAAGUUCAGCGUGGAAAUGACAGGCCUGUCUGCCUGUUUAGAAGUGUGGAAGGAACACUGCAGAAAGCAAGGUAAGGAAUCUAAAGAUUUAAGCAAAGCUGUUCAAGUCAUGAGGAGAAUUCAUAUCCUUCUUGAAAAAUAUCAAGAUCUCUUGGAGAAACCACAUCUACAAAAGCUGACCACAUAUCUAAGACUUCUUGGAUUUGAGAAUUUGGCAUACUCCCUAUCUGGCCAGACAGGAGAAAAUAAUGAUCAGAAUAUAAGCAAAUAUGCCAUCGAAGUGGGUCCAGCUCGCUUUCAGCUACAAUACAUGGAUUAUUACUUGCUCAGAGAAGAGAGGAAUGAUCCAGAUCCUCGAGUGCAACAUUUUAUACCAGAUACAUGGCAGCGAGAACUUCUUGAUGCUGUAGAUAAUAAUGAGUCUGCAGUGAUUGUCGCUCCCACUUCAUCAGGAAAAACGUAUGCAUCAUACUAUUGCAUGGAAAAAGUUCUAAAAACGAGCAAUGAAGGAGUGGUUGUGUAUGUUGCUCCUACAAAGGCCCUUGUAAACCAAGUGGUGGGAACUAUAUACAAUCGAUUCACCAAGAAACUUCCAGAUGGAUUGGUAGUAUGUGGAGUCUUCACGCGAGAUUAUCGCAGUGAUGUAAUGAAUUCUCAGAUACUAGUGACUGUGCCUCAGUGUUUAGAAAUCUUGAUGUUGUCUCCUCGUUGCCAGAAAUGGACCAACCGGAUCCAAUAUGUUAUAUUUGAUGAGGUCCAUUGUCUUGGCAGUGAAAUUGGAGCAGAGGUUUGGGAGCAUCUUCUGGUAACAAUUCGAUGUCCAUUUUUGGCACUCUCUGCUACUGUCAGUAACCCGGAACACCUGACCGAGUGGUUACAAUCUGUGAAAAGGUAUUGGCAACGUGCUGAAAAUACAAUAGAAAGAAGCUCUACAAACUCUGAAAAGAACUUUACCAGAAAAUUUAAAGUGAAAUCUAAAGUACAACAACAAAAGAAAUCAUAUCGUGUUAGACUAGUCUUGUAUGAAGAAAGAUACAAUGAUUUGGAAAAGUAUGUUUGUUCUCUAAAGGGCAGUGAUUUUAUCAUUGAACAUUGUCAUCCGUGUGCUGCAUUAACAGUCAAUCAUAUUGAGAACUAUGGUAUUCCUUCAGAUCUUUCUCUGUCUCCACGAGAGAGCAUUCAGCUUUAUGAUACAAUGGUAAAAGUCUGGCAAAAGUGGCCAAGGGCAGAGGAGCUAGAUCCUGAGGAGUUUGUCUCUUUCAAGAAUAAAGUAGUAAUAAAAAAGUCAGAUGUGAGGAAAUAUGAACAGGAACUGAAGAAAGAACUAAGCAACUGGAUUGUGCUUGGCAAAAGACAGAAGGUGAAUGAGCUACUGGAGCACCUUAAGCCAAGACCUGUGGAUUGCUCAGAACAGACAAAGUGGGAGCGUUUUGCAAGCUUUGUUGAUAAAUUACAAGAAAUGGAUAAGUUGCCUGCCAUAUUUUUUAUAUUUAACCUGUAUUCAGUGGAAUCUGCAGCCAAGAAUGUAUUCCUCAAUUUGCUGAAAAAACAAAAAAGUGAUCAAGACCCUAAUACUGAGAGGGAAAAAGAACAUUUAAAGGAUGAACUAAGAAAAGUGAAAAAAAUGCUAAUAAAAUUCAACUCUCAGAAUGCCAAAAAGUUGAGCCCAAGUAAAAUGGAAGACAUGGUACAUCUUUCAACUCAAAAAAACCAAUUAGAAAAAAGACUUAAAAGGCUAACUGCUAUCCCUUCUGCAUGUACUUAUGCUGAUCCUAAAGCAGUGGAUGAAGAUACUUUGAGGAAGAUUUUUCAUCGACUUAGGUUUGAAAGAAGAGGUUAUCUGCAGCAAAUGAUGGCACGGAGGGGCAUUGGGUAUCAUCAUGGAUCUAUGGCCGCCAAGGAAAGACAAGCAGUGGAGAUGCUUUUCAGGCUGGGAUAUAUCAAGGUAGUCACAGCUACUUCAACACUUGCUCUAGGAAUCAACAUGCCAUGUAAAUCUGUUGUCUUUGCUGAAGAUUCCAUAUUUUUAGAUGCCCUAAAUUACAGACAGAUGUCAGGGCGUGCUGGAAGACGGGGACAAGAUAUGAUUGGAAAUGUGUUCUUCUAUGAUAUCCCACUGCCCAAAGUUGAAAGACUUAUCAAAUCCAGUGUACCUCAGUUGAAAGGCCAGUUUCCUCUGACUGUUUCCUUAAUUUUGAGACUCAUGCUGUUGGCUGCAAAGGCUGAUGACAAAGCAGAUGCCAAAGCAAAGGCAUUGUCUGUGUUGAAGCACUCACUGAUGUCAUUCAGAAAAGAAAGAUAUGCUGAAAUAUUAAAAAUUUAUUUUAUGUUUUCCUUGCAAUUUCUUAUCAAAGAGGGCUACUUGGAUCAAGAAGGUAACCCUAGAGGAUUUGCUGGACUUGUGACACACUUGCACUAUCACGAACCUUCAAAUUUUGUUUUGGUGAGCUUUCUUGUGAAAGGUUUAUUCCACAAGUUGUGCCAGCCAAUUAAAGGCUCAACUGUUUUUUCAGAAGAUGUCUUGGAAAAGCUAGUGCUCAUUCUUGCAAACUUAUUUGGGAGAAAAUAUCUUCCAGCCUGCUCAAUGAAAUAUAAAAACACAUUUUGCCAGUCAAAGGUCUUUCUAGAAGAUCUGCCAAAAGACUUUGCAGAUGCUGUAAAUGAGUACAACACCAAAGUAGAGGAAAAUUUUGCUCAUUUUCUUCUGACAACUGCCAAGCUGGCAGAUAUGGAACAAGAAUACAGACUUCCACUCUCAAAGACAGAUUUUACAUCUAAGAAUUGGCAUGGCUCUGAACUAGCAUCUUUUUUGAUGGACAACACCAAAAGCAUAUCUGCUAUUUCACCUUUUGCAUGUCUAUCUGGACUGACUGAUAACGAUCUAUUUCACAGGGAAAUGAUUAAUAAAGCUGUCUUACGUUCCCUGGGAAUUAAUGUCACAAACUGCCCCCUGCUUUAUUUGAACAAGUAUGAUAAUCAAGGAAGGAGGAGGCCACUCAAUGCAUAUGCACUGGACUUUUAUAAGCAUGGUUCCUUGAUUGCAUUAACAACUGAUAACUGGUUAAAUGAAGGAGAUGCUUACUAUGCACUCAAGGAUUUUUCACUCCUCAUUAAGUCUAUUGGAACAUCACUGAGUGAACUGUGUGAUGAUCCAAAUGAUAAUGUUCUACUGGCAUUUCAACAAGUGGGUGAAAUCUAUGAAGAGAAACUGAAGCUUGUUACCUGA